AUGCGCCUGGGCCAGCUUGCUCUCGCAUACGAUGAUGGACCGUCUCAGAACACCCAGAAGCUCGUAGACACAUUGUCAGCAGCUGGAGCCAAGGGCACUUUCUUCGUUACAGGCUGCAUCUACAACCAAAAGUCCGCACUGCAGAACGCCUACAAAGCCGGCCACCAGAUAGCUUCACACUCGUGGAGUCACCCACAGAACUUUGGCUCGCUUUCUAGCAGCGAUCUCAACACGCAAAUGACUCGCCUUGAGCAGGCGUUGGUCAACAUCAUCGGCGUUAAGCCCACGUACAUGCGUCCACCCUAUCUCGCCACAGGUGGCAACGUCCUCCCCACAAUGAAGAAUCUAGGAUACCGCGUCAUCACCAACGAUGUUGACAGUGGCGACUGGAACAACCAGACCCCGCAGCAGAGCCAGCAGAAGUUCCAACAGGCGGGCACCAGUGGCAAUGGACACAUUUCUUUGAUGCAUGAGACGUACGCCGGGACGGUGAACACUCUCACGCCUUGGUUGAUUACCUGGGCGAAGAACAACAACUUGAAGUUGGUCACUGUUGCCGAAUGCCUUGGUGACACUGCCGCUGGAGCGUACACGAGUGGCACUGCGAAUGGCCAGUCUUCUUGCUAA